CGCUCAGGCUGGCGUGUGUCCGUGUGGCUGGCGUGUGCAGUCGGUUGUGUGAAUGCGUGUGAGUGUGCGUGUGUGUGAGUGUCUGAAUGCGGGCGGCUUCACAUUAUCAUUAUUAUCCUUAUUAUUAUUGUUAUCAUUAUUGUUGUUGUUGUCAUGAAGUGUCCACUGGUGGCCAGUGGAUGAAGCGGUGCAGCUGAGCGGUGAGUGGCAACGAGGAGGAAAAAAAACACACUUGGGACUUUUUUUCCACAACAAAUGAAGUGGAGAACAACACAUUUUUUCACGCAUACAGCCGCUGACAACAACAACAUCUGCGCAGUUGCUCCGCUGUAUCAUGCGUCUCCCCCCUGCUAACUCCGAGCUACAAGUCCGCAGCUGCUCCACGUCGCUUCUAUUCCGUUGUUGUUUGUGUGUCAGCUCGGAGUGAAGCGGUACUACCCGUGUGCCUUCCUCCCGAACGUGAGGAGUCGCUCAUGUUGUGGCUCGCCGACGUGCCACCGACUCUCCGUGGUCGAACAACCCCGCAAUAAGCCAUAAGCUAGUCAGAGUAGAAACAUGCUAAAGACGCUGACGAAGAAGCUGAGGAGACAUUCACUCAAUGAGAUUCAUCCUUUCCAGCUGAAGAUUUCUUACCAUGGCAGUGGAGAGGGAGUGGAGAGUGAUGACUCAGAGGGGGAGAACCAGGAACUGGCACAGAUUGACAGAGAGAGACGGAGAAAUUGUGCCCUGACCCCUUUGGCCACCAGCCAGCAGCACAACCAGGGUCCCCUCUCUCCAGCCCGGUUACGGCGCCUCCGCCUCCUUCUAGAUGCCAAUCUGGAUCGUCACUCUUCAGAAGAAGAGCUGGAGCGAAUCAGCUGCGUCGACAACAGGAAGUGGAUGUCCUCUCUUCCCCAGCGCCACAGUGAUCACCACAGCAGUGCCUCCAGCGAUGAGGAGGUGCGGGACCUCUGUGGCUGUGGGUCCCCGGCUGCCUCUGCAAGGCCGCUGGUCGAGCCAGGAGCUUGUCUGGCUGCCUCCUCCAGUCCCGUGCUCUUCAGCUCCAGCCCACCACGUAGUCUCAAGCCACCGCCCAUGCGCUUUCAGCUGCAGGUGGUUCAGCCUGUGGCACGGCCCAUUAUCUUGACCCACUUUGACCAGGCAGCACCUUACAGAAAAUAUCGGCACAGCUAUGGCGGCGAACCAGGGAGACCCAGUCUGGACCUGGAGAAAAUGCAACAGAAAAUGCUGCUGAAAAAGAAUUGCGGAGGGAAAACGAGGACCAUAAAGAUUCGGAACCUGACGGGCACUCGUCCUCCGCCCAGGUACACCUACGACCCAUCCAUCUUCGCCUUUCGCUCCUUGAGCACAGUGCCCCCCUGCAGUCCCCUGACCCCGUGCGAGGAUCCUCCAUGCUCUUAAGGAAAUGAAUCCACUGGCAGAUAAUAUCCCCCCACUCCCACUUCUCUUCAUUCCCAGGCGGCUGCUUUCGUGUUGCUUCUGCAGCGAGACCAAGGAAUGACCGUUUAAUGACUGAACGACUGACCGCUAGAGACAUUUGUUUGAUGGUCGAACUAUUGCACACUCAGGUAACGCCACCCUGUAAGCGCUGUCACUUUGAUCUUUUGUUCUCCGUGUGAAAUCAGCAGGAACAUUUAUGGAGGAAGAAAGAAAAAAAUGGCCGCGACACAACAUUUCUAAGGAUUCUUCAGGUAUUGUGAAUGUACGGCUGUUCCUGAAAAGAUCCUUUGAUUGGAUGGAGAACAACCGAGAAACAAAUAAUGGACCAGAGGUGGUACAGGGGCCCAAGGCCAACCAUUGUGAGACUUGACUGUAGUUUUUGGGUUGGAUGAAUUUCAAGGGAAAUAAUGCAUGUUAAGACAAUCAAACGGUUCCAGGGUCUCUUCCUUCGAUGUGAUUACCCGACAUCUUGUAAGGCUCUUGGUAACUUCAUGUACUAAACAUGGUGAGUCAUCUGAUAUCGUGUUAUUGUUGCAAUGAACAUAGACAGUGGUCACAUUCGUCUGUCUGAAAAAAACAACUUCUUUGGAUGUUUGAAUAUUGAAUAUGCAGGUCAUGACGAGCUAUAACAACCAUGUAUGACUGUAGCUGAAUAGUAGACCUAUUGACGAUGUACGUUUCUUAAUGAAUUUGUCACUUUUUAGUCAAGCUCAGAGUUCAGUACUUAUAUCCUCUUUCCCUGCAUGAAUUCCACUGUUUUGCAGAAAGAGAGGUAUAUGGAAAUAAGGAAGUAUAUGAGAAUAGUUUGCUGCACAUUUGGCAAGUGUAACUGGUGCUGUGUUCUGCAUAGCCUACUUGUAGUAUGCCAUGUUGUUCCUUCCUAAUGUUUUACCUCAGUACUUACUAGGUAGAAGAGGACCACUGGUGUAUCUGAAGACAUCCCAGUGUUUUGUAAAAAAUCUCUCAAUGCCUUGAAACACUUUCCCGUCGUACUGUUUGUACGAGGUAUUUCUCAGCUCUUGAAUUCAGCUCAAUUGUUAAAAAACACAACGUCACCACUGUAACCAAGUUUCGCCGAAGUGAAUGUAACAUUGUGACAUUGUUUCUGUCCACUGUUGCACAAAAUGAAUCAAUAAAUGCCCUGUGGCCUCUUGUUCAGGUGACUUUUAUUUGUGAUAAAAGCACACUUGUCACACAAAAAAGUGAAAACCUGAAUAAAUAAGUGAAAGAAUAUAGUGUAACUGCUUCAUAAUAUAAUUGAAAACACUUUGUUUAAGAACAAUAAAGCUUUUCUUACAGCUCA